AUGUGGCAUAUCUAUUCAAACACGGGACAUUUCACCGGUGUUUAUUUGAAUUGUCCCUUGUUAAAGAAAACCAAACCGGCAUGUCUAUUCAAGGUUAGUCUGCUUGACCAUAACUACUACUACUACAACUACUAUCUAUCUAUCUAUAUAUCUAUCUAUCUAUCUAUCUACAUUUGCUCAUAUUUAUCUCAGUCUGUUCAUUAUCUAUCUACCUCAGUCUGUUCAUAUCUAUAUAUCUAUCUAUGUCUGUUCAUAUCUAUCUAUCUAUCUAUCUAUCUACAUUUGUUCAUAUUUAUCUCAGUCUGUUCAUAUCUAUCUACCUCAGUCUGUUCAUAUCUCUCUCAGUCUCUUCAUAUCUAUCUAUCUAUCUAUCUAUCUAUCUAUCUAUUUAUCUAUCUAUUUACGUUUGUUCAUAUUUAUCUAUCUCAGUCUGUUCAUAUCUAUCUACAUCAUUCUGUUCAUAUCUAUCUAUCUAUCUAUCUGUCUAUCUAUUUAUCUAUCUAUUUACGUUUGUUCAUAUUUAUCUAUCUCAGUCUGUUCAUAUCUAUCUACAUCAUUCUGUUCAUAUCUAUCUAUCUAUCUAUCUAUAUAUCUAUCUGA